UAAAUGCUCAAACUGCAAAACUUGGACAAUGGGAUUUUGUAGGUGAUUCUGGAAUAUCAACUAUGCAUGGAAUACUUUCACCAAAUACCAACAAGGUCCUCUUCAUCGAACGUGCACAGCAAAUCACCAAGGUGACUAUUGAUAAUAAACCCUCUUUCACUGUAGAAUAUGAUCUUGACACAAAUCAAUAUAGAGCAUUGACCACAAUAUCAAACACAUUUUGUUCGGCUGGAUCAUAUCUGCCAAACGGGACUGUUAUGAAUGUGGGAGGUGCAGAAGCAGGGAAAACCGCAGUUCAAGGAUUCAACAGUAUUCGAUUAUUUGAUCCAUGCGAUGAUGGAACAUGUGACUGGAAGGAAUAUGGUUAUAAACUUGCUAAAAAUCGAUGGUACCCUUCAGUUGAACAGUUGGCCGAUGGUUCAUUAUUUAUAUUGGGAGGAGCAAAUGUAGGCACUGGGUUGAAUGAUGAAAGAAAAAACGUGCCAAGCUAUGAGUUUUACCCACCAAAAGGCGACCCAGUCGACUUUCCUUUCCUGGUAGAGACAUUACCAUACAAUCUAUACCCCACUGUACAUCUUCUUCCCAACAAAAAUCUUUUCAUAAUGGCAAAUAAAGCUUCCAUCAUACUUGAUACAACCACCUGGAAAACUGCUAAACUUCCUGAUAUUCCUGGUCCACCAAGACAUUAUCCAUUAACUGCCGGCACAACACUACUACCAUUAAGUCCUGACAAUAACUAUGAUCCAGAAGUACUUGUUUGUGGAGGUUCUAAUGAAAAUCCAAAAGUAAUAAAUGACGGCUAUGGUGAAAAAUCAUGUGGACGUAUUUCUCCUUUAUCUGCUAAUCCUAAAUGGGAUAUGGAAGAUAUGGAAUAUGGACGUAUAAUGCCGGACAUUGUACUUAUGGCUGAUGGGAAUACGUUGAUUCUUAAUGGAUGUUCAAGAGGAAAAGCCGGAUUUGAUAUAGGAAAGGAUCCAAUUCUCGUACCUGUUAUUUAUAAACCAAAUGGCGUUAAAGGAUCUCGCAUGACAACAAUGCAACCCUCGUAUAUUCCUAGAAUGUAUCAUUCCAUUGCAUUCACGAUCCCAUCAUCUCAAGUUCUUGUUUCCGGCUCUAAUCCUAACGGUAGAGUCACUGAGACUUCAGCAUUCCCAACAGAAUAUCGUGUUGAAAUAUUUUCCCCGCCGUUCCUAUUCACUGGUUUACCACAACCAGAAAUCACGAAUGCACCUAAAACUUUAAAAUACGGUCAAAAUUUUCAAAUCGAUGUCACAAUAUAUAAAGGUGACAACAAACCUAAAAUCACAUCUAAUCUUCUUAAUUCUGGAUUUGUUACUCACUCGACGCAUAUGAGUCAACGACAAAUUUUCAUGGAAGUUGUUGAAUACAACGAGGAUACUGGAAAGCUUACUCUAAAAGCACCACCAGAUAGUGGUGUAGCACCACCUGGACCUUACUUAUUAUUUGUUGUAAGUGAUGGUGUUCCAUCGGUAGGUGUUUGGGUUAGAGUAUAA